CGCACUAUGCAGACGGUCCCUGGGCCCUGCCUGACGGUUCACUGUGUUCCCCCCUCCCCCACCAGCCGUGCUCCUGUUUCACUCAAAGAUGGCGUCGGCUCUAGAACCCCUGGUCUGUGGCUGCAUUUUUAGGCUUGUUGUUGUCUCCGUUUCGCACUGUUUUGGCACCUUCUCCUCGGCGGCUCGAAACGAAAUCCUGGGUAUGUCCGCUACCGGAACGCAAUAGGCAGGUGGUCAGUCGUGGUUGCUCCCUGGUGUGAGAUAUCUCCAACGUCCCAGAGCUGUGAAGCUCAGCCUGCUGGAAGAGUAAAAGACAGUGAGAGCAGAGUAAAGACGAGGACGUGUGGAUGCAGAAAAAAGUCACCAUCUUGUGGAAUGUUAUAAUCUUCAGAAAACAUGUACUUUAUGACCCUCGCCAUAAUCAUUGAAACACUAAUUUCACGGAGACCGUGAUCAUCGUUCACAACUCGCCCUGAGAAUUGGCUAGUUUGCCAGUGGCAGGAAACUGACUGAGCAGUUUUUAUUGUCCCUGUAUAGGUACUUUGAGACAGGCAAACAUCUUAUUUUUUUGAAGGCCCUUAUCAUUGUCAACAUCUACUCUACCCUACAUUGUGUACAUUGGGAGUUUAAGUUGAGAACAGACCUGCUACUUCCUCCACUCCCCCUGCUUCUCGCCAGGGACCUUUACCUGGCUGGGAGUGGGUGGUGGGUGGACCGCAUUUUACCAGGUGGAGUGUUGGCUCAGGGGGUUUGUGCUAUGGUUAGCUGCUCUUUACCGUGCUGCUCAUACUCAGCUUCUGAGGGACUCUCUGUGCGACCCCAGGACAAGGGAUAAUACGCAGGCAGGGGGCAAAGAGGAGGAGGCGGCGCUACGGCGCAGGCCAGUUGUUUCCUUGGCUUACAAGUCCCUUUUUUGUGUGUGGUCAUUGCGGUGAGGCCUCAGGGCCCCCGUACCCACCCAGACCGCAGCCAUGGUGAAGUUGGCCAACCCAAUGUACACCCAAUGGAUCCUAGAGGCCAUCAAGAAGGUAAAGAAGCAGAAGCAAAGACCAUCAGAGGAGCGCAUUUGCAAUGCUGUCUCCAUGUCCCAUGGUCUGGACCGCAAAACGGUUCUGGCAGUUGAGCUUAGUGUCAAGGAUGGUACCAUCCUCAAAGUCACCAACAAAGGUCUAAACUCCUACAAGGACCCUGACAACCCAGGGCGCUUGGCUUUGCCCAAGCCCAAAGGUAGUGGCAGCUCUGGAGGAGGAGGUGGAAGUGGUGGUGGAGGAGGAGGUGGAAGUGGUGGAGGAGGAGGAAGUGGAGGAGGAGGAGGCGGCAGCGGCAGCAGCAGCUCUCACUCUCACUCUCAUUCGGGAAAGAAACCGGGACUCGACUGGAACAAGUUGAUCAAACGGGCACUGGAGGGGCUCCAUGAGCCUGGCGGCUCCAGCUUAAAGAACAUUGAGCGAUUUCUCAAGUGCCAGGCUGAUGUGGCCGCCUACUUGUCGGGCAGCGGCUCCAUGGGGCCUGGCCUCUUCCACCAGCAGCUUAGGGUGGCCCUGAAGAGGGCCGUGGCUCAUGGACGCGUGGCCAAGCAGGGUCCUCUGUUCCAGCUCAUCAGCCGCAGCAGCUCCCUGGAUGACGGCACUGGGACGGUGUCUCUGGAGUCACUGCCACCUGUCCGCUUGUUGCCCCAUGAGAAAGACAAGCCGGUGGCAGAGCCCAUCCCCAUCUGCAGCUUCUGCCUGGGCACCAAGGAGCAGAAUCGUGAUAAGAGGCCUGAGGAGCUCAUCUCCUGUGCCGACUGUGGCAAUAGUGGCCACCCGUCCUGUCUCAAGUUCUCCCCAGAGCUCACAGCGCGAGUCAAGGCUCUGUGGUGGCAGUGCAUCGAAUGCAAGACUUGCAGCAGCUGUCAGGAUCAAGGAAAAAAUGCGGACAACAUGUUGUUCUGUGACUCCUGUGACCGGGGCUUCCACAUGGAGUGCUGUGAUCCUCCCCUCACGCGGAUGCCAAAAGGCAUGUGGAUUUGCCAAAUCUGCCAACCCAGGAAAAAGGGAAAGAAGCUCUUACACGAAAAGGCAGCACAAAUCAAACGGCGCUACAACGCGCCACUGGGCCGGCCUAAGAACAGGCCGGGGCGGCCCUUCAAGAAGCUGGGUGGGCGUGGUCGGCGGAAGCGCUCAGCCUCCGCCAACUCAUCCUCCAGCUCCUCCUGUGAGGGUUACCCUGGUGACGACCGACUGCUUUUUUCUAUGCGGGACGACGACGAUGACAUGUCACAGGGCAGCCUGCGCUUCAACAACAAGACCAAGGGCCUCAUCGACGCCCUCACAAAGUUCUUCACACCGUCGCCUGAGGGCCGUAAGGCCCGGCAGGAAGUAGUAGACUAUUCACAGCAGUGCCGUAUCCGAAAGAAAGCCAGUCGCAAAGGAGAAGGAGAUGACAGAGGAGACAAUCAGGAAGGCAGCGACUGGCGUGACGAAGACGAGAAACUUCCAGGCCACGAGAACCUGACGGAAAAAGACAUUGAACUGUUCAGACACAUCCAGGAGCUGGCUCUGCAGCCCUACUGGGAGGAGAUCUAUGACGCCAUGACUGAGGCCGCCAGGCUGGAGUCAUUGGACGUGAUAUUAUGUAAACCCAUGAGUCGCAGCUCCUCAAACCCCACUGAGAAGUCCCAACGGGUUUCCCAACCCCCCUCUAACGGGAUCUCAGGAAAGACAGUCUCUUGUGUUGCUUCACUAAUCCCCCAACAGGUUGAUGGGAAUGUGAGCACAAUCUACUGUCAGAACCUGUGUCUGCUGGCCAAGCUGUUCCUGGACCACAAGACCCUCUACUACGACGUGGAGCCCUUCCUUUUCUACGUCCUGACCCAGAACGACGGCAAAGGUUGCCACCUCGUCGGCUACUUCUCCAAGGAGAAGCACUGUCAACAGAAAUACAACGUGUCAUGCAUCAUGAUUCUUCCACAGUACCAGCGCAGGGGCUACGGACGCUUUCUCAUCGACUUCAGCUACUUAUUGUCCAAAUGCGAGGGCCAGCCAGGCUCUCCAGAGAAGCCUCUGUCGGACCUAGGCCGACUGUCCUACAUGGCCUACUGGCGCAGCGUGGUGCUGGAGUGUCUCCACGAGGUCCGCGAUCGGCAGAUCACCAUACGACAGCUUAGCAAGCUGACUGGCAUCUGCCCGCAGGACAUCACCACCACGCUGCACAGCCUCAACAUGCUAGAGCAGCGAGGAGACAGGCUCGUCCUGGUGCGGAGGGAGAAGUUGGUGUCUAACCACAUGGCUCGUCUCAACGCCCGGCCACGGCAGCUGGAUGUCGACCCCGAGUGUCUCCGCUGGACUCCCGUCAUUGUAACCAACACUGUGGUCUCUGAUGCAGAUGACAACGACGAUGAGGAGGACGAAGAACCAGAGGAAGACAACCGCAAGGAGAUCAAACCAAGUCACAGGGUCCCACCAAUGUCCUGGCACAUGCGCCAAGGGAAGAAGAGGGAUGAGGACGAGGACGAGGAAGUAGAAGAGGAAAGAAAGAGCUUGCCGGGGUUUCCCAUUAGCCAAAGCUCUCCAACUCCCCCUCCCAUUCGCUGUCCAGCCUCUGUCCCAGAGCCACCACGUCCCCCUCCCCCAACAAAUGGAGAACGCCGACCACGAGGGCGCCCACCCAAAAACUGGCCUUGGGGCAAGGUGAAAGACAACACACGGGUGGGACGACCACCUAAGAUCCGCCCCGUGGAGGACGAGGAUGAUGAGGACGAGGAGAGAACAGAGGGAGGAAAAACCACAAGCUCUGCCUGCAGCCCUCCCUCCCUUUUCUCCCUGGAUAGACAUGCAGAUUCCACAGCCUUUCACUCCUUGAACAUGGCCAGGCACCCCUCCAUAACCCCUACACGAAGAGGGCGGCCCCCAAGGAAAAAGAGAGGCCCUAAACCCAGAAUGAUGGAAGGGCCCGGAGAGGGACUAGCACAGCUAUCUGUGGUUUCCAGGUUGAAUGAGUCUCUGCCUGUCAGGAAGAGCUGCUUCAGUGAAAGCAGUGAAGAAGAGGAGGAUGAUGAUGACGAAGAUGAUGAAGAGAGUAGGGCAUGCUCCCCACCCAUCCUUACCAAGCCUGCCAUGGGGCUUAAAUGCAAGAAGCCACUGAGGAAGCGUCGCUUUCGCCAGCGGAGCCACCCUCACAGCAGCGUGGUGACAGAGACGAUUUCUGAGACCACAGAAGUGUUGGAUGAGCCCUUUGUGGACUCCGACUCGGAGAGGCCUAUGCCCAGGCUGGAGGAGGAGACGCCCCUGGGCCACCCACUGCACCGCUACCCCCCAGCCCGCUCUGCGCUGAGGUUGUCUGACCCAGCGCCCAAAAGGGGCCGGCACUCCAACCUCACAGAUUCAGAGGAAGACGAGCUAACACCCGUGCUGAAACCCGUGGCUGCUCUGCCAGCAACUCCAUCUGAGAGCCUAGUGGCCAACCCAGAAGUCCCAGUCAAGAAGAAGAAGGGCUGGCCAAAGGGAAAGAGCCGCAAACCCCUGCACUGGAAGCAACAAGGACCUGGAAAACCCCCUAGUGGUGGGCCAGCCGCAGAUAGCCAGGCCCAAAGUGGGGAUCCGCCACCCCCUAAAAUCAAGAUGAAGCCUGGCCGCAAGCCCCGGAGCUGGUACUUGCAGCGGGCCCAGGAGGAGGCAGAGCGGCAGGAGCAGGAAAGACAAAGGCUGCUGGAGCAGCAGCUGGACAAAGAUCCUCAGCUGCUCCAGACAGAAGACCGCAACAGCAAGCGAGUCUGCAGAACCAACACUGACCGAGAUAACAAACCGAAAGACUCUGAUGAAGAAGAUGACUAUCUUCCUAAGCCUGUUGAGCAGAAAGUGCCCAGGAGGCGAGGGAGACCACCCAAGAAUCGUGCCCUCCUCCAGCCACCACAGCCUGCCCCCAAACCACCUCCCACCUCUGAACCUGAGGAGGAAGAGGACGAGGAGACUGGAAGGGCCUGGGUGGAAGAGAAACCUAGCCGUCCACCGUCCCGGGCCCGACAAUCCCGGCCUCAGGACACAGAUAUGGGUGACAGGGAAGAGGACGAUGACGAUGAGGAGAGGGAGGGGGAGGAAUGUAGCAGUGUCGCCGGAAGACGAGCGGCAGUUCCACCAGGUUCAGGAAGCAGGCGCAGUGAAGACCACGACGCAGACGAUGAAGGUGAUGGGCACUUGGAGGACAAGAGCAACAGCAGCAACAACAGCAAGAAAAGAAAAAGUCAGGACUCUGAAGAUGAAGAAGAUGAUGACGAGGAGGAGGAGGAGCCUGCCUCCCGUGCAAGCUCUCCCCCUGUCAAAGAAGAACCCCAAGGUGGAGAGGCUUUUUUAGACAUGGAGAACAGCGUGGCCCGGGACUAUGUCAGCAAGCAGGAGGAGGAAGACGAGGAGGAGGAGGAGGCUGAGGAAGAGGCGCAGGAGAACAAGUGUCGGCCCUCCUCGGCCGACCCGCAGCAGGAGGAGAGGCGGCGCAGAGAGCAGGAGGAGUCGGCUGCAGCAGCUGCAGCAGUGGAGACGGUCACGGCCAUGUCUGUUCCCUCUGAGCCCCUGGAGCUCCAGUCGCUGCACCCAGACGAUAAGGACGUCACGCUGCUGAUGGAGCCCCAACACACACAUCCACACGCCCACCCUCACCAGCACUCUGACUUCAAAGAGGAGCUGGGACACCAUCACCCACACCACCCCCAUCACCACUCCAAUGAGCUGGACCUUGAGACUAUGCAGGCCGUCCAGUCCCUGACCCAAGGGGAAGCCCAGGACGAAGAGACAGAACCCCAGCCACACCACGGGGCCUACCAGGACUGUGAGGAGACACUAGCUGCCUGCCGCACCCUGCAGAGUUACAGCCACACAGGGGAGGCCGAGGAGGAGGCUCUGGCCCUGGUCGAGGAUUGUGGGCCCUCCCAGCACAGCAGCCCCAUUGGUAAUCCUCCAGUGCCGCCCCUGCCGAGUCAAUCUGUGCGCUCGGUGAACAGUCCAGGGUUGCCCUCGGGCAUCUUGGACACAACACCAGCAGGGCAGAGGGGAGGGACGCCUGGCCCCACAGGGGCAGUGGGCAGUGGUGGGGGUAGUGGAGGGGGGUACACCCAGAUCACGCCAGAGCAUCCCAGUUCCCUGUCCGCCCCCUCCCAGCAGAGCAUGGAGACGUCGCCAAUGAUGGAUGUGCCGUCCGUGUCGGACCACUCGCAGCAGGUGGUCGACAGCGGCUUCAGUGACCUCGGCAGCAUAGAGAGCACCACCGAGAACUACGACAACCCCAGCAGCUAUGACUCUACCAUGGGGGGAGGGGGUAACGGAACAGGGAAUGGCGGGAAUGGAGGGGGAAUGUCGGCUGCUGUAGUUGGCGGAGCUUCCACGGCUUCCUCAUCAUCAGCCUCCUCUUCUUCAAACUCCGCCCCUCCGUCCUCCUCCCAGUCUAACAGCUGCUCCUUCGUGCCAGCCCCCAGCCUCACCUCUUCCACAGGAACUGGAGGAUCCCAACUAUCGAUGGGCAGCUGCAGCCUCAUCCAGCAGACUGGAUCAGGACCCAACAGCGGACCCGGUGCCAGUAACGUGGGCAGCGCUGUGCCCCAGCCCCCGCCACCGUCACAGCCAUCCAACACCCCCAGCUGUGGCAUUAAGUCUCCUCAGAGCUGCGGUGUGAUCGAGAGGCCUCCCAGCACCAACCAGCAGCAGCAGCAGUCCCAAAAAAAGGUUCCUCAGCAGCAACAAGCCCCAAACCCCCAGCCUCCACCGUCGGCACCACCCCCACCGCAGCAGCAGCAGCAGCAGCAGCAGCAGCAGCAGCAGGCCCUGUCGCAGUGUAGUAUGGGAAAUGGCUUCGCCUCCACACCCAUGAUCAUGGAGAUCCCUGAGAGUGGAGGCGGAGGAGGGGGCCGAACCCUGUAUGAGCGCAUGGGUCAGGACUUUGGCACAGGGGGCUACCCCCAGCCCUCUGCAACCUUCAGCCUGGCCAAACUGCAGCAGCUCACCAACACCAUCAUGGACCCCCAUGCCAUGCCCUACUCUCAUUCCGCCUCCGUCACCUCCUACGCCACCAGUGUUUCUCUCUCCAACCCCGGGCUGGCACCUUCACCCCACGCCCCCCUCUCUCAGGGCCAGCCCACUAUGACCCCGCCUCCUAACCUGAGCUCUGGCUCCAUGAACCUGGGCUCCCUGCAGCUGCAAUGCAACAUGCCCACCACUAACAUCGGCCUGGGACCCCCGCCGCACACGCAGCGGCUACAGGGCCAGAUGGCUACGGUCAAAGGCCACAUAUCCAUCCGGUCCAAAGCCACUCAGCAGCUGGCCCCGGCCCCGCACCAGCAGCAGCUCUACGGCCGCAGCUCAGGGGCCGUGGCCAUGCAGGGCACCCCGCGCACCCUGGCCGUGCAGCGCGGCAUGAUGCCAAACCUCAUGCCCACGCCAGCACCGUACAACUCCAUGAACAUGACGCCUCUCAACGCCAUGUCUGCCGGCUACCGAAUGCCUCAGCCCAUGAUGAACAGUGGUUACCACGGCAAUCCCCCUUACAUGAAUCAGCCAGCUCAGUACCCCAUGCAGAUGCAGAUGGGCAUGAUGGGAGGGCAGGGUUACCCGCAGCAGCCUAUGCAGCCCAAUCACCAUGGCAACAUGAUGUACACUGGCCCCUCCCAUCACAGCUAUGCGGGUGUCCCCAAACAAUCACCGUACAUGAGCAGAUGAGCAGCCAAGAACUGAGACAAGGAGACAUGAGGCCAGAGCUGAAACUCGCUGUACUCUAAAUGUCCAUUACCCCCGUUCACCCCCUCCAGUGCCACGGCAGGCACCAGCGAGUGGAGGUGGUCGGAGACAGAGGGGGUCUUUGGGUUUCCUGUUUUUCAAUGUUGUCAUUUCGUCCCUUUUUGUUUGGGCUCGUUUCUCCACCCCUCCCAGCGGGCUGUGUGAGGGAGCAAGCCGGCGGGGGACCCGGGUUUGGGCGUGUACGUGGACCUCUGUUGUGCCAUGCAGCUUCCGGCCAGGCCUGCACAGUCCUCUGUCAUGUGAUUUCACACAGGCCCGGGGGACUCCUCCACAUCGUGACGCGCAGGAGGAGAGCAGGGGAGGACAAGAAAGACGAGGAAGAUACACAGAGAAAGACAAUACAGGAGUACCUCGCUUUGUCAGACUGCGUAUGAGAAACAGUGGUUAACUGAAUAUAUUCAACCAUGCACACAAUCUUUUAAUUGAUAUAGGAAGCCUUACCUUGAAAAAAGAGACAAUGAAACAUUGUAGGCCGAUUCUCGUUUUUGUUUUGUUAAACAUAAUGUUGGGUCUUAUUUUUGUUGUUUUUGUUUUGUUUUUUUGAAAUACUCGUGUGCAGCCCGACUUCUCAUAUGCUUUGGUCUUUAUAUGUGUGCCAUUCUGAACUGGUGAUACAUCCUCUCGCUCUCUCAGAAAUACCCAGACUUCUCUGUGGGCCAGUUGGUCAGAAAAGCAAGGAGCGGGGCCUCCGGUGUUUAGGUGUUGAGCUGUUCCAGAGUCUCCGUCUUCCUGAAUGGACCUUGUUCAACAACAAAGGCACAAAGAGACGAGCGCGUUGCUGUCUGUCCAGUGUCCAUAAAAGAAACAAGUAGCAUUAUUUUCCAGUUUUCCGCGGCCACUCCGAAACGUUUUAGAUGUAAAUAUUCUGGUACUUCCCAAUAUCCAGUGCAAACUCAUACACACACACACACACACACACAACACACACACACACACACACACCACACACACACACACACACACACACACACCAGCUAGCUGUCACCAAUUGGCGGCUAGCUUGGUAAAGAACAACGGUCAGCUGUUCUUAUCCACACACCACCGACAGACGGUGUACUAUUUCAGCCUUUUUUUAGCAGUUUAGGGAACGCAGAACAAACGGUGGGAUUUCCAUUUCACUGCUUUAAGGAAAGUCGGUGACCUAAAGCUGACCUCUCCUCUUAAGUGUUAGUGACCCAAAGAGGUCCACAGGCGUCUGCUUUUCAAUGGUGUAUUCUGUUAAAACUGUUUUUUGGGGUUUUUUUUUUCUUCUCUGCAAAAUUCUGCACUCCAAUUGGCUAGAGAUAUGGCAGUAGACAGUUAGCCUUUAUAAAAGGUGUGCCUAAAUGCCUGGUCUAGUGCACGGUUCGGCCCUCACGUAGAGGCCCACUCAUAGUAGAGCAGGGUCCGAGGGGAGAAAGCGUUCGGGGAUCCUGUUGGUUGUGGCGGUGCGACUGGCAGGGCUGAAACCGUAGACCUUGUUGCUCCAUGUACCAGUAUUCAAAGUCAAAAGAGGAACUUUCAUUUUCUUACAGACCUGACACUGCAUACUUUAUUUGUGUGUAUUGUUCUGUUCUGUACCUUUUUUAUGUUGUGUUUUUGUUUCUUUCUGAAUUUUAUCAGACUGGGCAGCUUUCUUUUAUGACACAAGCUGACUCUUUUUGACUUUAGAAAACCUAUUGUAGAGAAAAUGUUUUUUCUAUAAUAUAAAAGGAAACUCUGACAUUGAUAUUGGUACUGUCAUUUUUUUCACUUCUGUUUCAGGAAAAAAAACAAAAAACAAGACCUAUUUUUUAGCUCGCCUCUUGGGUAAUAAUUACUAAGAAAUUCAAAAUUUAAAAAAAUUACCACUCACUUUUAGUGACUUUAAGAUGCCUUUAACCUCUCCAUUCCAUCUCAUCUCUAGAGUUUUUCUAUCUUUGUGUAGUAUAUUAAUGCUAUUUUAAACAAAAGGACUACAAAUAUCUAAAGGUCACUUGGAACUCUUUUUUUUUUUUUUUUCCUUUUUUUUUUACUUGUGUGUGUAUAGGAUGACUUCCUUACAUUUAAGAGGCAUGUAAAAAAAGGAGCUCAGUAUAUUUCUGUCUGUUUAUAUCGCUUCCCUUUUUGUAUCCUUUGUAAUUGUACAUGUUGCGUUGUAUGCUAAGAGAGAGCGCAAAAUAAAGAGAGGAGCGACAGCUGGGCACACAGUGAAGGUUGAUUUGCCCCCGGCGGCCUCAACUCUACGCUGUCCCUGUAUGUAUUUCCAUUAAUUCUGUUUUUGUUUUUUGUUCUUUCUUUCUUAGCAAGUACUUUCAAAGAACUCUGUACAUUUUAACAUAAAAUGAAAAUAAAUUAUGUUGAGCCAUU